CAGGCUUCUGUUUGAAGGAAUCCUUUGCUGUCUGAAUAGUCACACAUGGGAUCUCCUCAGCAGCAAGCCGCGACUGCGAUCGCAAACCUGCUUGGACGUGUGGGCAGGUUUGCUGUAGUUGUUGGAAUUGGUGGAGGCAUCGCGCAGUCGUCUUUGUACACAGUGGAUGGAGGAGAGAGGGCGGUGAUCUAUGACAGGAUCAGGGGAGUUCUGGAUCAGCCUGUUGGCGAAGGGACACACUUCCGUGUGCCCUGGUUGCAGUCACCCAAUGUGAUGGACAUCCGCACCCGCCCUCGCACCAUCAGCUCAGUCACGGGAACCAAGGAUCUGCAGAUGGUCAACAUCUCGCUCAGGGUGCUGUCCAAGCCGGAUUCGUCAGUGCUGACCCAGAUCUACAGGAGCCUGGGCCUGGACUGGGAUGAGAGGGUGCUGCCCUCCAUUGGCAAUGAGGUCCUCAAGGCAGUUGUGGCCCAAUACAACGCCGAGCAGCUCUUGACACAGCGUGACCGGGUCUCGCGGGCGGUGAGGGAAAACUUAAUGACCCGUGCGAAGGAAUUCAACAUCCUCGUAGACGACAUCGCUAUCACCCACCUCUCCUUUGGCACUGAGUUCACAAAGGCAGUUGAAUCGAAGCAAGUGGCGCAGCAGGACGCAGAGCGCGCCCGCUUUGUUGUGCUGAAGGCCGACCAGGAGCGGAUUGCGGCGGUCAUCAGGGCCGAGGGAGAGAGUGAGUCAGCGCGCCUGAUCUCAGAGGCCACCAAGAGCGCUGGCCCCGGCUUGAUCGAGCUGCGGCGCAUUGAGGCGGCCAAGGACAUUGCCAGCACGCUGUCCAAAUCUGGCAACAUCAUGUACCUGCCAGGAGGCGGCUCAAAUAUGCUGCUUGGCCUCAACCCGGGCUCAAGAUAAGCGGAUAGUCCCAGCUGAGUACCCCGCAGCUGACAGCCCAACAUUCAGGCAGCCUGACAAAGGCUGUGGCGUCAGAAAUCUGAGUGGCUUGCAUUAUGCAGUUGCAAGCUGCAUACCAGGAUCGCUCUGGUAAUGGCAGAACUCGUCAGCCUUUCUGCAUGCUGUCUUAUUUCAGUGAUUGUAGAAGUUAUCAGUGCACAGCGCAGGUCGCGUGAGUUCACAGGGCCGCCUGCCAGUGAAUCUUGGAUGAUCAGCUGAUCUGCAGAUGAAUCAUAUCAUUGUUAUCUUCUAAUUGAUAGUGGCUAUGCCGAUUUCACAAUGACCUCCUCUUAACUAUGUACUUUGUUAAUGGACCUUCUAGAUGCUUGCCAGUGGAUCUACUAGAUGUGUCAGGCUGCCACUGCACAUGCAGCCCACCGUGGGUGACCUUGCCCCAGCUGGGCAGAUCUGAAUGGGCAUUUGUAAGAUUUUGCAAUC